ACCUGAUUCAUGGGUAGGUACAACGAUCGGCUCGGCUUCAAGGGUGUGAACGUGACUUGAUUCAGUUGGAAGCGCCGCAUUUCUGAUUUCGAUUUCGACUUCAACACCAACUGGCACCCGCUCCACUAAGGGAACUGCCGGGACUUUGCACAACUUGGACUCGGGGACAUCGCAACUGGGAUAUGCAACAUGCAUCAACAUCGUCUUGCGGCUUUCAUCAUCCACCCAUUCUUGGAGCGCUGGGAUAUGCCUACGUGGUGGCAAGGCUUCCUCAUGGGGAACUGAGCCCUCUAGGUGCGGCGCUUCAUAUCGUUCGGCCACUGGCUUCAGAUCCGCCGGGCUUUCAGCCAUCUGAUGCAAGCUUGCAUUGUCACUUCCACGGUCCGCCAAGUCAUCGACUGGCUCAUCGCCACUGUCCUUUCUGGAACAUGGGCGUCGUUCGGACUUCACAGUGAAGUCAACAUCAUAUAGGUCGCCUCGGAGCAGCUCCUGUGCAACGGCUACAACAUCAUUCAUGUGCGGUGGUCGGGUCAGGUCUGACCAAAGAUCUUGAGCCCUGAGUUUGUACUUGAGCUCCCGUCUGAACUUUGACGGAAAUCCACGGUAAAACAAAUCAUCGCGGUCAACGACAGUAAGGGCAUUCCUUUUCUGUAGGCACUUCGCAAUAACAUGGAACUCGCGCCGGUACCGUGCAAGAUGGUCUACCCUUUUCAUCUUGCGGGCUUCCUUGACAAACUUUCGUAGAUCCUCCGUUCGAUAU